GCCAACUUGAGGGCUGAUGCUGAAGGGAAAGUUGCUGGUAAGAGCCGCAGAUUUUUUUUCCCACUCUCAUUGACAUUUCAACUCCACGACGGAUCCAAAGGUAGAUAGAUUUUGAAUCUGGACCUAUAAGUUUCUGUCGCUGUGACACGGAGGAGAGAUCCGCGGAGGGAAGAAGCGACUUUACGCGCACAGGAUACCGGACACACACGUCUGCUGCCUCUCAUCCGGUGAGUUUGGAUGGAUUAUAAUCUAAAACAGGUCCCGCUUUUAGUACUAUAAUCUGCAUUACCGAGGAAUUUCUCCGUUUUUGGUUUAGAAAAAAUGCAAAAUUACGCACUCAUUUUGCAAAACUCAAACUUUGAGCAUGCAGGGAAAAGUCAACAGAAACUUGAGCGUGCAUUGGCUACAGAUUGAUUACAAGCCUCGUGCGUUGGCAAAGUUAGGUAAAAUUAGUGGUUAAGUGCUCGCACGUUGCUGUGUGUUUCCUACAGGAGGUGUGCACCCACACACAGCGAGCCCACUCCGCUCCUGUUGUCAUUUAUCACACAAACAUACAGCGUGUAAUUAGCGAUCUUCACCGAGGAAUAAAGCGCACGCCGGUCCCUUUUUUUCAAACGUCCAUUACUGUGAGUUUAACGGCGGAGGGAAUCAAAAGCUCAGAGCUGUACUGUAAACUCGGUGUGUGUGAGGGAUCUAUUCAGCUCUGCUCAAUCCAUCAGCGGCGGAGGUGACGCUGUCUAUCAGAGGAAUAUUACACUCUCGAGACUGCAGAUUAAAGCCAGAAUUACACGCCUCACUUUAGAGAAAUAACUUCAUUUAUAUUUUUUAGGGAAGCUAAAAAUGCGCACAUUUUCUUAUUUUGAUUGGUGCAACUUGCAAAACAAGAAAGUGUGUCAGAUUUUCAACUCCAAUUUAGCAUGCAGGGGAAUGACAUGUGCGCCCUCGGGGUCUUCAUUUUGAUUUUGUUUCAUAAAAAAAAGGCCUGACCCUUAUUUUUAUACUCAGUUUUAGAAGUGUGAUUAUAAAAAUAAAUUGGGGCCUUUUUCUCCCCCCCAUACCCUAGGCUUGUAUGAGUGCCUCAUGCAGGAUAAAAAUCUAUUGUGAUUCCCGUCAGUGGCUGGGGGACUGUGGACGCCUCAGGUCCAGGCUCUGGUGUGUUUGGGUCCAGUGUUUCUUUCUGUCACGCUUGCCGAGCAGCGCUGUGACACCAUUAGCCCCGGUGUUUAUCCCAGCCUUCAGCCUUUUGCCAGGAGAGGGCUGCUGUGGACUGUACACCUUCUGAGGGCUAAACUCGAAAUACAAGACACUCUUCCUUAAAGUCCUGCGAUAAAGCUCUGGAGAUGGUGUUCAGAUUAGAAGAAAAAAUCUCCAUCUGUCUAUUAUUUAUCUUAAAAAAAAAAAAAGUCAAACUAUCAUGAAGGACAAUGUGAACAUACGCCAUUAAACGCCAUUAAAGCGGGGAUUUUUAGCUUGUGUGGCCUGCUGCAAACCUUCUUAUCCUGUUUUCCUACAUAAUUUUUCCUCCUAUCUUUAUACGUUUAAAAUGUUCUGAUAAGAAAGUUGACAGAACUAGAGCCUGUUUCCGGGACGCGCUCACUUUAAAAGCUCUUUGAGGAAAUGUCUUGCGCAAAAGUCACACAAGCAUGUGAUUGUUUAAUUAUUGUUGAUAAAAAAAACAAAAUCACACAUUGUAAAAGUGCAAAUAAUUUAUGCAAAUGAAGCGACGACGUGCCCAUGAAUCUCUUUAGAGAGAAUAAAAGUGACAGACCGAGGCUGCGUGAUGAAUGACAGGUCAGAUCCACGAGUGUGCACAGAGACUAACCCACAGCAGAGUCCAUUUAUUAUUUUCAGAUUCUAAAAUAAACCACACCUGAAAUAAAAAUAAUACUAAUAAUAAUAAUAAUACUAAUAAUAAUAAUAAUUAUAAUAAAAGAUUAAUAAUAAUCUAUGAAAUUAGUGGUAGCAUUUUGACGAUAACAGAAUAGUAAUUUUUGAAAUAUAUAUUUUUUUGUUCUCGUAAUGAAAAAAAUAAAAUAAAAAAUUAAGGAGAGAAAUAAAGAAGAGACUGAAAUAAGCCAAGAAUCUUUUAUUUUCCAUCAUCAACAUUAUAUAAAAUAAUUGAAAGCUUAUUCAUUAUUAUUAUUAUUAUUAUUAUUAUUAUUAUUAUUAUUAUUAUUAUUAUUAUUAUUAUGAUUAUUGUACUUUCAUGUCAUUAUUGUUAUCAGUAUUUUAUGUUUUUAAAUAAUAAUAAUAAAUAAAAUUAUAAUGAUGUUUAGAAACUUUCUAAAAUCAGGUAAUGCAGAGUGAAUUAUGAAGCAAUAAAUUAUUGUGUAUUAAUUAUAAAUAAAUAUCUGGUUAAUUCAUCUGACAUUAAAUAUUUCUCCUACCAUAGUCCCUGGAAAAAAUCAAAAAUAAAAAUCAGGAAAUAUAUGGAGAAACUCAAAAUUUCUUCCAUCUGCACCAAUCAAGGAGCUCCAGCCCAGCCAUCUUUUAUUGACUGAAAACAAUCUUGUUACAAUCCUGUAACAUUCUCUAAUGGAGCUCAGCAGAUGUCCUGAUUUCUAAGAGGGGAGUAAACCGUGACCUCCAGAGGGGGGGUCAUCACAAAGGCAAACCAAUAAAUCAGAAUAAAAAACUGAAAUCAAACUGGCAGCAGCCCUGUGAGCAGUACUUUGACACAUGAUGGAUUAAUCUGAUAAAAAGAAAAAAAAAGCUGCAUCAGCCUGUAAAAGGUAAACUCUAAUCCCAAACAAGAGCUCUGUGAAUGAGCUGCAUUACAUCCUUUUCUCCUGUCCAAAAACAAUGUCACUGUUUUUCACUGCUGCUCCCUCCCCUUCUGUUUUCAUUUCUUUCUUUCUUCCUCCCUUUCUUUCUUUCUCUUUUUCUUCUUGUAUUGAAAAGUUUCGAGAUGGUACAAAUACCACGUUGCCUGAGGGGAAAAUAGCGACCAGAUUAGGCUUUCUUUUCAAGGCCUGUGGCAUUAGUUGCUGCUAAUCCGAAUUGGGCUAAUUGCUUUCCCAACAUCAGCCUAUCUUCAUGUUUUUUUUCAAAGCUUCCACGGUCAUCCAGACCAUAACAGAAAUAAAAUAAAAUAAAAUACAAAAAGGGAACAUGUUUUCAAAACAGAGUCUUGCUGCUAGAGUGGAAUAUAUCAUGUUGGGGGGUAUUGGAAACUAUGAAAAAAAAAUCUCCUAAAAGCGGAGACACCGAAUAAGCUCUUGGAGCGGAUUUACAGCUUAAGCGAAGAAAUCAAUAACCUAGUGGAGGUAUUGUUUCCAAAGAAAACUACUUGACUCACUCAUCGGGGAAUCUGUCUUUCAGCUGAAGGUUGGUUAGUGGUGUGAAUUUUUGACAGCUGCAGUUUGGGCCAAUAACAUUUGCACCACAAAGAAAUGCGCCUUUUACGCACAGAGAUGGGAGGCUGUUUGGAGCUGAGGUCACAUGUUGGGCUUUCUUUGGAGUAGAGAGUAGAUGUUUAUCAGCAUAUUGUUGCACACUUUGUGCUAAAAUCAUGACUUCAGGCAGUGGCUGCAGCUGUGGCACAUGGUCUUAGUAAACACUGCAGGAGUUCAGACUGCUUUAAAAACUUUUAAGGGUUACAAACUCCAAACUCUCUCCUCUUCGUCCAACUUGUCUUUCUUUUAUUCAACUCUGGGAAACAGAGAAAAUGAAAGUUCAGUCUGAAACAUUUCUACAUUUUCUGGUACAAACUCUAGCUGUUGACAGGACAAGUGGGUGUGUUUGCGGUCCAGUGCAUGUCUAAUAGGGGGGUCCUUGACGUGAAAAUGUUUGGGGACCCCCCUCCCCUCCUUUCUUUCCUCUCUGAUAUAAGCUGCUGCGUUCAUUCCCGGCAGGCCUAUAGGCUGAGCCACCAGUCAGAGUGAGUAGAAACAAUGCAGCAAGGAGAAACAGAUGAAUGUGCUCGUUUAGUUUACGGCUUGUUUGAUGAAGGAGUAUUGGCCAAAGUGUUGUUCCUCACCGCGGGACCCUCGGUGACAGUUUGAGCCGCUCCUCUCAGCUCAUUAUCUCGCCGGCCCACUGAGGGCCCCAUUCAGGCCGGGCAGUCCCCCCUCUCUCUCUCUCUCACUCUUUCCUCCUCGUCCUCCCUCCCUCUCCCUCUCUCUCUCUCUCUCUCUCUCUCUCUCUCCCUCUGUGGCAGCGUCGUUUGUCUACUCAUUGAACCCAUAGUCAGGAAUGCGAUGGUUGUUAGGGAGCCCUCUUUCACCUCCAAAGUGUUUUAUUGAUGAGCUCUGACUUCUCCUACUUUUUCACAUGUCAAAGAAAGUCAAGUGUAGGCCUCCAUGACUUCAUUUCAUGGCCUCCCAUCCAAAAAAAAAAAAAAAAAAAAAAAAAAGAAGCAAUUUCUCUCCCCCUCCCCCUGUUUCUGCCUGGCCCUCUCCCCUCUCUCUACCCUGUCUCUCUCUCUCACACACUCUCUCUCUCUUUGCCCUUUCAUGCACCCCCUUUUCUGCUUCCACAUCCAUACAACCCUCAUUCUCUCCCCGCUUCGGUUUCUCCUCCUUUUGGAGCAAACUGCGGGGCUCCUCAGUGCUCAGACUGGUGCUGCACCAGAGCUCCGGGUGGACACUCAAACACGGGCGCAGAGGGGUUGCUUUUGGGUGCGUUGAGGUGUGCGUUAAUAGCCAGUCAUUCAAACCAAGCGCUGUUUUGGGAAGCGUGUGGCCAUGGCUACACAGUCAUUUGCUUUACUUUAUUUACGCGUGCUAUUUGCUGUCAGGGCGCAGGAGUGACGUCGCCGGCGGCCGCGCCUUGCAAAUGUGUCCAUAAAGAGCAGUGGAGCUUGGCCUAAAGGCUGCGCUCUUUACGCAUGGCUUUCUUGUUGACAGGAGGGGUAAGGCUAUUCAGGGGAAGGUGAUACCCAAAAGAAUCAACAAAUGCACGUGGUGGGAAUUUUUUAAAAAUGUUAUUAUGUAAGGAUCCAUGUUUAAUAAAACGUUUAAAGUAAAGAUGAUCUAAUUGAAGUUUUUUAUUUUUUUCAGGUUAAGAAAAGUUUUCAGACUUCAGAUUACAGUUUUAAGAUUCAUUUUGCAUUACUGCGGCCCUAAUCUGAGUGUAAAUCUGAUUUAAAUCAGUUCAUAAAGAGAUUUAAACUUGUUAGAGUUAUUUAAACUAAAGACGAAACGAUACCCUCUCUGUAUUUUUUGACAUAAACAGAACAAAAUCCACGAAGAACUAUAAAACAAACAAAAAUAAUGUGACUUUUGCAACAUGUCAAAGACCUGUUCGGCUCUAACACAGAGUUGGAUGGCUCUGUAUAAGAUGUAACCCUGCACACAGCUGCUCUUAGUGAUUUCUAUUCUUCUAUCCUGAGCUCCAUCCUCCAUCCUCGGGCGCGCUGCUCCACUGCUCCUUUCCGUCCUACUUCGCUCGCAGCUCUAGUUAGCCUCAGGUUGGAGCUGAACAUGCCUGAGAUUCCCUGCGCGGACCCAAUUCAGCCUGGAAGAAAAGAGCUCCCCGUCCAAUGGGCAUUUCCGAGACAGUUGCUCUGCAAUAGGGCAAUAUUCAGAAAGUGAGCGCAGGGUAUUUGCAUGCGUGGGCUGAUUAGUGGGUUGGGAAGACGAGACUCUCUCUCUCUCUCUCUCUCUCUCUCUUUCUCUCUCUCCCUCCUUUUCUCUUCCUCUCUCUUUCUCUCUCGCUGUGGCUCGGCCCCGUUUCCCGCUUUGGCUGUGGUGCAGGGGGAAGUGUUUAUAUGGGGGAUGAUGACAGAGGUCGGGUCGCGCUAAUGGGCCAGUGAAGAGCAGCGGAGGGAGGCGAGGCGAGGCGAGGCGCGCACAGCAGACCACGAACACAUACAUUAAUACACUUGUUCCAUCACCAAUCAGCAUAGGUGUGUUCAUUCUCUUUUACCCCCACCUCCUCCUCCUCCUCCUUCUUCUACCACCACCACCACCACUCCCCCUCCUUCCCCUCUCUCUCGCUCUCUUUUCUCUCUUUCCCACUCUCUCUCUUUCCGACUCUCUCAUUCGCUCUCUCACACGCCAGCGCACAUCCUCGCCAAACUCCGUGCGUCCUGACAUCUGAGUUCACUGUCAAUCUCUGUCCACUUCGCAGGGAUAUCCCCUCCGUCUCCGCCGAAGACCACUGGAAACUAAUUUUUCCCUCCUCCAAACUUCCCCGAGAGAGAGAGAGAGAGAGACUGAUCCUGGUCGGCUUUUUUUUCUCUUUCUGUGGUGUGGAGAACUAGGCUGAAGCCUGUAGUUUGAAAAGGACUUUGACAACGAACCAGGAUGCCCCAAAAAGGUGAGAACAUGACGAAAAGUUUCUCUGUGCAGAAAUAAUACAAUCAUUUUCAAAUAUUGUUGUUAUUUUAUGUUUAUUUUUUCAAAUUAUAUGUAUUAAAAGCCUGUUAUUUAUUGUAGUAAUUAGAACUUUAAACGGUGUUGUGGUCUAGUCAGAGGUUCAUCAGUGUUGAAGUUGUGGUUGUUGUACCGUUUGGAGUGUGCAGCCUGUUUUCUUCUGACUGGACUCGAACAGCCUUUAGCGCUUCUGUCCGUGUUAUCUGCUCCAUUUUGUUGGUGUGUUUAGGCCCCUGCACGGGUAGCUUACCGCUUAUUUAUGACAGUAAAGAGUAAAAAGUCACGUUGGGCCAGGACAGUGAUCAUCGUGGAGAAUGGGGCGCAAUGACCCGUUGAGGAAAGGUGUCAGAUUGAUUCAUGCAGGCGAGUCACCCAAGCGCCUUGUAAAAAAAAAAAAAAAGAAAAAGAAAGAGAAAAAGCAGUUAGGUAGGAGGCCUGUUUUAACGUGUUUGUGCGUCAGUUAAAACACAACUUUAACUCUCUUUUUAAUAAUAAUUUUGUCUACUCUAGUUGACGUUACAACACUUUAAACAUGUGAGUAGCCUAGUUUGGCUGUGCUGUUUUAUAUAAUAAAGAUAAAAAUAAAAAUAAACCACAUACUAUCCUGACAGUGUUACCAACUCUUAUGAAAGAUAGUUUAUAUAUUGUGUCAAUAUAACCCUCAUAUUUUUAAAAUGUGCUGCUGUUUUUAAACUAUUUUCUAAAAUCAAGGGGAAAAAAACGUCAAUAACGUUAUGUAUUUUCAAUUAUAAAAUUAUUUAAAAUAAAUCCGUUUUAAAAUAUAGUAAAUAAAAAAUAACUGCAAAAAUACUAAAAGCCUAUCUUUUAAAAGUUAUCCCUGAAAAAGCAAUUUCUCCUGUUUAAUUAAACCAGUUAGCAACAUGCUAAUAACUAAUUUACUGGUGUUACACAUUUUCAAGUAUCCUUCAUGCGUAUUUAUACAGGCCUAUAAAUAAAUAGAUACCUCCUAAUAGGCUGCAACCUGCACCGGGGCCAUUGUAGUCCAGGCCUACAUAAACCACUUCUGCAUUUAAAUGUUGAGAGUGGUCAGAGUCGGCAUGUUGAAUUACGACAUUGUUGUUCCGGAUUACGGGAGGAAAAGAAAUGCAGAUUAGUUUGUAGUUAACCUCGGCGACAACAACGUUUGAGCUUUCGACCCUAAAUAAAUGAUUAACCACAGGCUAAAAGCUACUGACCGCUGAACCGCGUUUUUCAGCCAUAAUGAGUCACUUUUAUAGUUAAUAUUUCUGCACAAUUAUUCGUGAAAACGUGGCCUGAGAUAACAGUUUAGCUAUAUCAAGACAUGACCCUUGUUUUGGUCAUUUUCAGUCGUGCUAACCAGGCUAGCUCUGACUCUGUUGGCCGUGUGAAGGAAUCUGCGGUUGAUUAAUUCAGCCUAUUUGUUAAACAUGAAGGGAGCUGCGGUCUAAAGCAGUAAUGGCCGCCCUCUAUAUUACUGCACAUCACCAACUAGCCCUGCUCUAAACGCAGCCUGUUACCCGGCGUUAUUAGGCCAUUUUGCUCGGCACACAGCACAAGUUAGCAUGGAGGGAGGAAAGGAGGAAACUUCAGACUUCUCCCUGCCUGGCCCCCUUUUUAUCUGUCCUCCCCAGUCAAUAGCUUCUUUAAUGCAUUUGUCUUUUCCAAUUGAGCGCCCUACUGCGCUGUUGUGUCUCUCAACUCGCUUUACAACCCGCACCAGCAGCACAAAAUAACCACCAAAUAUUUAGAACAAGAAAUUACCUCUUUUUCACAAAAAUUUCUCUCUAAAAGCAGGCCAAAACAAAACCCACAUUCACACACCAGCGGCACCAGGGUCACGGUCGUGUAUAUGUGUGCAUGUGUGUGUGUGUGUGUAUGUGGGUGAGAGAGAGAGAGAGAGAGAGAGAGAGAGAGUGUGUGUGUGUGUGUGUGUGUGUGAGUGUGUGUGUGUGUGUGUGUGUGUGUGUGUGUGUGUGUGUGUGUGUGUGUGAAUGGUCCCGGAGGGGGUGGAUGCAUGCCUCCGGCCCUUUGUAUUAAUCUGAACUUGUUGGUGUGUUUAGUAGGGAAGCUGUGUGUUUCUAGUCGUGGAGGCCGAGUUUUCGCCCCGGGUUUGAGGUACACGGAGGCAGAAAAAAAAGGAGGGAGGGGGUUAGCAUUGUUGGGAGUCCAGCAGGCUUUGUACACCAGCUUUGUACCCCCUCCUGGUCUGGACUUUAGCAGAGCACUGAGGCGAGCUAGACAACGUGUGUCACUGUACAAUUUCCACACUAUAGACUCCACCGGCGGAGGGAUAUCAAGUUUUACAUAAAGGCGUCUUACUGUGAUGCUGAGGGCCGAUUGUUUAAUGUAAAAAAAAUAAUAAUAAGGCGCACAGCACUGGCUAGGCUGCUAGUUUAAAUGUUUGUUGACAAGUGCCUAACAGAGAUGUACAAAUAAUCUUCUUCCGCGUCUGUUUGGAGUUAUUAGCCUGGCAGCAGCGUUGAGGUUAACAGUAAAAAGUAGGGCACUAUGUAAAAAAGACAAAAGAUACAGUAUAGUACAUGAGUAUAGCUGUGGUGGCUGUGCUAAUGUGUUGUUUUGCUUUGUCCUAUAGGGAGACAUUAAGUAGUGAAAACGGCAGAUGAUUGACUAAAUUGUUAUAGAGUGGACAGUCAACUCUGUUUCCAGGCAAGUUUAAUUAAAAUAUAUAUUAUACACUGAGGAUGUAAAAAUUCAUUGUGCAUCAGUAAUGUUUAAGCACUUUAAAAAAAGACCCGCAUUAUUCCAAUCGAACGAUGAGAUGAGAUUAUUUAUUGUAAAAAAAACAAAAAUUGCAAAUAAGCAGACAGUGAAAAGAUGUGUUAUACAGCAGGUGUAUGGAUGGUUUGAUGCUGACCACUUGUGUUUUUUCCCCUGUGACGCUUAGAAUACCACAACCAAGCCACGUGGGAGUCUGGAGUAGCCUCAAUGAUGCAGAACAGUAAGUUGUUUUUAUUUUAUCUUUAAAACUUUUUUAAUUACAACCGCAAGUUUUGAUGUGGUUGCAUGGCAGAGACACCCACUGACAUUAUGCACCGGUUGUUAUUAAAGCGCAAUAACUUUUUUUCUCUCUCCCAGAACACUUUAAAGGAAAUAUAUUCAGGCAUAAAUUUGCAUGACUUUGAGGUUGCAGUGCAGGAAUAUUCUCAGUUAUUUGAAGGCCUGUUAAUUCACUCUUUUUUUUUAUUUUUUUACUAUGAUAGGUAGGCAAAGUUAUUAUUGAACAAGUUAAUCACACGUCGUCCUGCUCCAGAGAGAGAGAGAGAGAGUGGGGAGAGAGAGAGAGAGAGAGAGGGGGGAGGCAGAAUAAAGGGGGGCUGGGUUGAGAGGGAGAUUUUUUGUUUCUGCUUGAGUUGGUAUUAAAUAAUUGCACAGCCGUCUGCAUUAGCGUUAGAGCUGGCUGCCAGGCUGCAUACAAGAUUAGCUGCGUGGAGAAGAGCCCUGCAUGAAACAUGAGGAAUAGCAAUAAUGUCUUAUGUAGAUGAGUCCAUAUUCUUCACGGACAGACAGCAGGAACCAGAGAGAAAAUGCUCAGAUUAUAACCGCAGGCCUCGCUAGUUUCCCCCUUUGCGGAAGAUAAAUAUUAACAACCAUAUUGUCGUGGGUGCCAAUCAUAAAAAAACAUGCUACAUGAAGCUGCUUAUUAAAGUGGCCCAUGAGUUGAUUUCUGUCUUAAAUACCUGGUGUGUGUAUGUAUGUAUGUGUGUGUGUGUUGAACAAAAAAGGUUAAACAUGAAACAUUCUUUCUCUUGCUGCUGGACAAGAGGUGUAUGACAUCUGUGAUGAAGGUGUGUGGAAUAAUUUUAUUAUAUUAUUCUCCAUAUACCUCGAUGACGUGUCUGUGCUGUAAUCUGUGCGCAUUUUUGAGUCCAAAUAUGUUUGAAUCCAACAGCUGACAGUUGGAUUAUUUGAUGUGUGCAGAGGUCUGAUUUAUGAGAGGAGAACAUUCUUGUAGAGGCUGGUGGCAAUAGAGUUUUAUUUUGAAGGCCGCAGCGCUUGCCAGUUGUCCAUUAUGGGGAUGAUGGGGCCUUUUUAUCAAAGCUGUGUACAACACCCAGCGCUCCUGCUUUGCUGCGGAUUGAUGAUAAUGGGAUGCUCCCCUGGUUUUGGCGUGUGAUGUCUGCUGCGAAUUGCCGAGCAGAUAUCAUUGGGCCCGGCCCUUUGGGUUGUCUAAAGGUCGCGGCGGCCUCGGUGGCUUUUGUGCUAAUAACUCCUGGGUGUAUAUGGUGGGGAGCGUCCAAAUUGACACCAUAUGUUUUCCUAUUAGUCCACUCGCAAUAGAAUACAAGGCGCAUAAUCAGCGCCAGCGGGCGAGAUCGACUCCGGGCACUUGAGGGAAUUGUCGCCAUGAUUAAGACUUAACCUUUUAGGGGGAGUUUGAUUUUUAUGUGAUGUCCUUAUCUGACGCUUUUAUCGAUCCGGGGGAUUUAUAUGAUAGUUAUAAAUCAGAGGUGGUUACACUGAGCGGCCGUGGAGAGCCCACAGAGAAAGCAGGGGCUGCUUAAUGCGCAUAGGCCAAUUUCAGCGUAAGAAGUCUAUUAAUUCCACUUAAUCCUGGAAUUACCAAAGAGCAGGAGGGAUGAUAAUGGAUUUACUAUCAAUCAGAUCCACGCUGAAAGAUUAUAACACAUAGCGGCCAAAAGGGUACGUUACCCGGUUAAACAGGUUAAUUCUCAAUCAGGCCUUUUUUAGGCUAAUCUAUAAAAAUAUUAACUAAAGUGUGCAGUUUAAAUCACAGCACUGUGACAUAUUUCAGAGUUAAGACGCCCACCGAUUGCACACAACAGGACUGCAGUGGCUGUGAGCAUUUGUUGUCAAAUACAAACAAGGGGGGGAGAAAAAAACUGCAUGUCACUUUUAAUAUGUUAAGAAUCCAGGCGCGCCCUCGUUUGUGUGACCGCGCGUAGCCCCUGGCCACCUUAAAACGAAGUCUCCCUCGGAGGGUAAACGAGUAGCGUCCAAUUUUGUCUGAGUGAUAUCCAAAUGCAGACAGAAAGGGUCGUUUUAUCAUGCUACUAUUUGUCGUGACGAUGCGAUUUUCAAAAGCAGAGCGGUGUCAUAAAGUGACAUGCCUGCCACAAGUGCUCCAACUGAUCUUUUCAAUUAGCCUCCCAUGCAUGAUCCGAGGCGACUUCCGCCUAUUUCCAGAAAUUAAGCUCAAACUUGACGUGCAGCUAGCUUUAUUUUAAAGACAAAUGUCAGGCAGGCUCAUCAUAUUUUCCCCCUCUUCUAUAUUUGGAGCUUAUUUAUUGCUAAGGAGCCUCUGCUCCCGGAGUCAAUGUACCGGGCGGCAGCGCAGGGGAAGGCAGCGGAGAAACAGAGAGCAGCUCAGGCACUCCGGGGAGUCAGCUCUCCCAUUUGGCUUCAGGUUUGCGGGCUUAUUCUUUGCUUUAGAGGAAUGCAGUAAAAGAAUUAAGGAAUAAUUUACCUUUUUGGGGUAACAAUUAAAUAUAAAAACGGCUUUUUGGAGCUUGUAUCCUGUGUGGUGGCUGCUUUAUUGGUGCGUAAUUAUUGUGUUUUGAAGGGAAGGAAAAGUCGAUUUAACGCCUCUUUUCUAGAAAGCAAUGUUUCUAAAUGAUCGCUUAUUUAUCAUAUGAUUUCAGCUGUGGUGUUUUAUGUGGUUGUUAUUGUCGAUGAAUAUUAUUUUACGGAUAUUUUGGAGUGAGAUUGUGCUCUUGGUGAUGCGCAGAUGUUAUGAUAGGAUGGAUAACGGUGCGGAUGUUUUAAUAGCAGAGUUUGCCUGUUUAAGAAAAGCUUGGCUGUGCGACUUAUGUUGUCUUUUUAAAUUGGAAAUCACACAAAUUAGAGAUUUCGGUUUAUAUUAUUUUAGUUUAUGAUCGUUAAUCCAUGUUGUGCAUGUGUUACUGAACAAGUGCGCAGUCUUUGCCAUUAAAGGGAAUGCACCGAGCGGUGUGACAGCUUCUUUAAACGAUUGUUUUAUCAUUUAUGUUAAAUUUCAAGCACCUUUUCCAACCCAGUAAAAGAGCUAAUCUAAUAUUGAAGCAAACUGAAAUCAACCUUGUGUCCUCCUGUCUUCAUGUUCCAUCUUGAACUCGGUUUUUCCUGAACGCUUCUACCAUCCUCCUAUACUUUCAAUAAAAACCAUUUGCUUUCUAUCAGCCAUGUUGUUGUUUUUCUUUUUUCCUUUUUUUCUUCUUCUAUUCGACAGUGAGUGAUAGUGCGGUGUGAUGACUGCGGUGCUUUUGUCUCCAUGUAGGUCACAGUGGCGUAAACCAGCUUGGUGGUGUGUUUGUUAAUGGUAGACCGCUGCCGGAUUCCACCAGGCAGAAAAUAGUUGAACUUGCUCACAGUGGUGCUCGACCCUGCGACAUCUCCAGGAUACUGCAGGUGAAUAUUUCAAUACCUCACUUCACUCAGAAAACAGGUUCACGCAGACUUUGUUUUCUAUGGGUACAAGCUGAUUUUUAAAGCUAAAAUAUGGAUCUGUUAAGGACAGGAAUUCCACGUUAAAACAACAUUUUUUUAAAGUUAGUAAAACUAUUUUUAAUUUGCACAUAAAUAAGGCAGACAGUACAAGAAAUGUGCCUGCUUUUACAGAGAAUAAACCUCUUUGUUAGAAAUGCCUAAUGUACUAUUUAAGGCAUAUUUUUUGUGUUUGUAGACCCAUGAUGAAGUCCAAGUGCUGGACAGUGAAAAGGUGAUAAUUAUUUGACGCCAUCUUAGAAAUUCCCUAAAAAGUCGUAAAUAAUGUAUGUGAAUUGUGUCUUUUGUUCCCUGUCCAGGUAUCCAACGGCUGCGUGAGCAAGAUCCUGGGCAGAUACUAUGAAACUGGCUCCAUAAGACCGAGAGCGAUAGGCGGCAGCAAGCCCAGAGUCGCCACUCCGGAGGUGGUCGCAAAAAUCGCACAGUACAAGCGAGAGUGUCCUUCUAUCUUCGCGUGGGAGAUCCGUGACAGACUUCUGUCGGAGGGGAUCUGCACCAACGACAACAUCCCCAGCGUAAGUGCACUGACUGUAACUUAUGUGCAUGAUUUAAUUUGCCACAUGAAAUGACUUUUUUCUCAUGCAGUGGAGGAAGAGGAGAAGGGCAGCCAUCCGUUCACUUUUUAUUAAACACCGUGCGUCUGAGAGCGUGGCGCGCGCAUUGCAGCGUAUGCACCCAAACAUACAGACGCUGGCCAUUUACGCGCUUUUCAGGAAUAUCCCCCCGUGCGCACAUUUGGCUCUUGUUUAGAAGGAGUUUUAAACUGAUCCUCCUAAUCCCAGUCGUCGCUCUGAUCAUAUGUAAUUUGUCAUUCAGGUGUCAUCGAUAAACAGAGUCCUCCGCAACCUGGCUAGUGAAAAGCAACAGAUGGGCGCAGAUGGCAUGUAUGACAAGCUGAGAAUGCUCAACGGUCAGACAGGAACUUGGGGGACCCGGCCCGGCUGGUACCCUGGAACAUCAGUGCCAGGGCAGCCCAACCAAGGUGAGCCUCAUUAUCACACAGUGGCGUUAAAGACACCUUGACGCAUGCUCGGUUCGACCAGAGAAGGCCCCAUAUGUUUGAUUUAAGGUGCAAGAAAAAAAAUACAUAUUUCCCCUUUAGCAGUCAGGGUUUGAACUCCACAGAGGUCAGCGCAAACUGCCAUGUUUGAAUCUGAAUAGUUUUACAGCUCACUCUUCCAGUGGUUCCGGUCCACGGCUCUGUUUGCAGGAAGGUAUUGUAUUGGCAUGCUUUGAUGCCCUGAACAAGACCCCCAAUUAAGACUCGUCGAUUAGGGGAAGCCACAGGCCGUGCAUGCAGUCUGAAUGCCUCCACUGUCCCAGACAUGGAUGUGCGUGACAGCGGCUUGUCCUUUCAGCAGAGGUGUCCAUCCAACAGCCGGAGUUUUCCUCCCCUCCUGAUGGGGAGGCCGAGCUGUGUGUGUGUGUGUGUGCUUGUGUGUGUGUACGCAUGUGUGUGUGUGCGGGGAUAUUUAGUACAAAGGAAUGUUUUCCUUCACACGCAAUGAUUGGUUAUGGGAACGCUCCGCACUACGUGUAAUUGCUCAUUAGAGAGGGCUUUGUCUCUCAUUAUGGCAACAUGCAGGAGUGUGGAGAUGGUCGGGCUGCUGUGGAAAUAUUAAACCUCACAGGGUUUCCUGUCGGCCUGCUGCAGGCCAAACUCACAACUCCUCUUAGAGAGGAGGAGGACGCGAAUUUGUUUUACUUCUUGAAUAAAUCAAUUCAGUCUUUUACGAUGUAGAGCUGCGUCUUAUUUUUACGCGUCAGGAAAGAGGAAACGCGCGUGCCGGAAUUCAGUCAUAGCGAAUAAUUUGCAUUUGUUUGAUGUGGACACGUGGGGCUGUUGUUAACGCGCAGUUAAGCGGAAACGAUCACAUUAAGUGCGAAUUAUUAUUAUCAUUAUUUUUAUUAUUAUUAAUAUUAUUAUUACUACUACUAUUAUUAUUAUAACCACGAAGUUCAAUUUUAGCGAUUGGCUUUCCUUAAAUAAAAUCUACUUUUUCUUUCAUUUCUGUUAUUUCGCAUAGGAUUAAUUAAUGUUAAUUACCUUAUAAUUAAUUAUCAUUAUUUACAAUAGUUACAACCUAUUAAUUACCAUUUUAAUUACGGUGCCAAAAUAGAUUAAAAUGGUGAAAAAUAAAAUCACAGUGGUGAAAAUUUCUCAGGGGAAUAUAAACGUGUUUUCCAGCCGACAGCUCAGCGCGCUCACAGAGAGGCUGCGUGGAGUGACAGGCCCCCCAAAAGAAGACAACUCUAUUCCAAAGAGCACCGAAAUAAAAACUCCGCACCGAUUUUCGUCUUUCAUCUCAUUCUCAUUCUCACUCGCUGGCUAUAUGGCUCCAAAUCCCGUCUAUAGGAUUUAGUCUCUCACUUUCUCUUUCACUUCUAAGCGGUUUCUCAAGAGUGUUUUGAUCCGGCCUCAGCAGCUGAAAGGUGCCGCAAUUGGUUCGGUAUCUCUCUCUCUCUUUUUCUCUCUUUUUUUUGCUGCUUUUCCGCCUCACUGGCUGAGACAUCGUGAUACUAAAGAAUGAGUUUAUUUCCCAGCGCUUUUAUAAAGAAAACAAAUCCCAUCCCAGCGUCAGUGGGUCUGGCAGACGGAUAAUAGCUGCACAUUCACUCCUUUUUAUGGAUUAUCCGGAGUGAAGAAACAAAUAGCGUGGAUACAAACUAUUGGCCUAUAGAAGAAUACUUUUGUCUGUUUUUUUUUUUUUUCAGGGAAAUUGUCGAGGAACGUCGCGCAUCAGGUUGCCUCCAGUGAACCAAAAACUUUUACAUUUAGAUACACUUAAUAUGUUUUCAUGCGCAAUAAAAGGCGCGUAAAAACUCAUCCAAAACAGCUCAAUAUACUUGUAACUUCUCUUUUUCCUCGCAAAGUAAACUACAUGUUUGCAGAAUGAAUUUUGCACAGUCCCUUUUAAAUUUUGGAUAUAUUUUCUUAGAAGGUAAAAAGUUCAGUACAUGGCCUUAUGCACCUGUUAUAUUCCCACAAAGGCACCACCCAUUCAAACAAAUAAAACACUUUGAAAACAUAAACCUAAUCUGUGUAAAGCGCAGGAAUUCCUCCUCAUGACUAGAGAAGAGGAUAAGGGAGAUAUUCCAUAAAGCAGGCCUCUAUCAGCGCAGCCCUGCUUAAUUUCGCAUUAACUCCUCGGUGUGAUAAUGAUGUCCAACAACAAGACAGACAUUAGUCGAUAAGCCUCGCCCUGCAAACUGAAGGGCCAGUGAAUAGAUUGGCCUGAUUUGGGUUGUUCAGGGGGUUGCAUGCUCUCUCCUCACUCAUUUGUUUCCAAUUGAAGACAGAAAUCCUGACUGGCGUGGAGCUGGCCGGGGGACGUGAUUAAUGAUGGUAGUGGAUAAGGGUUAACACACUGGACUCAAAGCUCUGUUGACUGGGAUCCUCGUGCGCACAAUGCCAAAGCGCUAUAGCCUGCGCGCCUCCAGAGAGAGAGGAUCCUUUUGUCAUCCCCUCCAAUGGCUCCCCCUCCCAUAUAUUACACCCACCGAAGGCUCACUACUCGUCCCGGGCUGUGGCCAUAGUUUAAUGGUUUCCCUUACUCCUGAAGGCAUUGUAUCUUUCUGAAAAGCGUCUUCUCCUAUUCAAAAGUUGGUGGUCACCUCAAUGGCUAUACCAACGCCCAUAUGGGAACGACCAUUGAGGCAUUGCUCUGCCCCUAAAAAAAAGGGGGCUAGUGAGUUUGGGGUUUUAAUACAUUUCAUAGGGCCUGAAAAGAAAGCUCGCCACAUCUUGUCACAUUUCUCUUAACCUUUUGAGAACACACGCCAUUGUUUUGGAGAGAGAAGUCCGCGGAGUCUUCCCCUCGCCAGCACGUUUUUCCCACAAUAUUUUAUAAACAGUUUAACCGCAGAGAGCGUGUCUUUUCACACAGGCUGUAAUCUGGCGACAUUAAGAAGGAAUCGUAAUCAUUCCUCUGAUUUUGAGUCCAAUCAAGCAUGACUGGGCCUUUAAUUAAUGAUGCUGCAGCGCGCUCCGUACAAUUAGCUGCAGACUGAUACAACACGGGGCCAGAGAAUUCAUUAUUCAAUUAGCUUAAUUGAAUGUAUAUUUCCAUUAUAACCUUUUUUUCUUUUUUUUUGUUGUACGUUUGCAGAUGGUUGCCAACAACAAGACGGUGCAGGAGAAAACACAAACUCCAUCAGCUCGAACGGGGAGGACUCAGAGGAGACACAGAUGCGUCUGCAGCUCAAGAGGAAACUACAGAGAAAUCGCACUUCAUUCACGCAGGAGCAAAUUGAAGCACUGGAAAAAGGUGCAGCAAUUGCUGUCAUGCACUCUAUUCAUGUGCACCAUAUUUUUUUUAUUUAUUUUGCAAAUUGUUAUUCUCUUUAUAAUGUUAUUCUCCAAGAAUUACGCACGACGCACAUUUGGAUUUAGAUGAAUCUUUGAUGAUUAUAAAUGAAAGACUUUUAAUCUGAAGAGCCUGCAAAACUGAACUACUCAAUAAGUAAUCAUCUGACAACUUUGUGAUUUUUUUUGUUGUUGUUGCAGAAUUUGAAAGAACUCACUAUCCAGAUGUUUUCGCGCGAGAGAGACUAGCAGCGAAAAUCGACCUGCCAGAAGCAAGAAUACAAGUGAGUGCUGAUUUUAAUUUUCAACAGCAACUAUUUUCAAGUUUUUAUCUUUAAUUUAUUUACUUCUGAAGGAUUCCUGUCCUCAAGCUGAUCAGAAGCUUGCUUUUGCAUCGCAGGUAUGGUUCUCAAACAGAAGAGCGAAGUGGAGGCGAGAGGAGAAGCUGCGGAACCAGCGCCGACAGGCCAAUAACUCCUCCAGUCACAUUCCCAUUAGCAGCAGCUUUAGCACCAGCGUGUACCAGGCCAUCCCACAGCCCACCACGCCGGGUAGGUCCGCCACAGCCAGAGCAAUACUUUUAAGACCUUCCAAAGAAAAGAAAAGAAGAAGAAGAAAAUGAAAACAUAAUUAAAUCUGUCACCUUCUGUUUAAAAAUUAAAGUGUCCAUGAGUUAAGAUGAAAAGAAAAAGACUAAAUAUUAUUAUGAAAAGGCCCGAGGAGGGAUCUAAAAAGAGCAGAGGCCUCGUUGUCUGUGCGCUCUAGUUCACAUGAAGGAGCAGCGGUGGUUUCCUUUUGAUGGAUGGUUGAGCAAAACUUCUCAGCUGACUCCCUGCGUAAUUACCGCAUCAGGCAGGAGGGCACACACCGGCAGAGCUGCAGCUCAUGCUCACAAGUCAAUCACCUGAGACUCCCAGUGUACAGUAUCUGUCCGGGCCUAUCAGCCUGUCAGAUAAGGCGUCACCUUACGCACGCACUGCUAAACGCUAAUGAGACGGGAGCAAGCACUGGAGGACUCAAGUGUUUCUGUGUGAUUUUAACCCAUUAUUUGAUUUUUCUCUCUCCACAGUGUCCUUCACCUCGGGGUCAAUGCUGGGUAGACCUGACUCUGCACUAACAAACACCUACAGUGCACUGCCCCCCAUGCCCAGCUUCACCAUGGCAAACAAUCUACCUAUGCAAGUAAGUCCAACACUAAGAAAGUCAAAUGUGUUCAAAGAGUUAACUAUCUGAUAUAUUUGAUGAGGAUUAAUAUGAUUUUAAGAGUGGAAUAAAAGUACACCAUGUUGUUUCCUGGCCAAAAUAAAAUCUUCCUCAUAAAAUUAAAUCAUAAUAAACUUCAAAAUCAAAUAUAAAUACGUUUGAAGGCCUCUAAGAGCUGACAGUAUUAAAGACUACAAAUAUGGUUGGCUAAGCUAAUGUAACAUUCUCUCCCCAUCUAUAGCCCAGCCAGACCUCCUCUUAUUCCUGCAUGCUGCCUACCAGUCCGCCUGUGAAUGGGCGGAGCUACGAAACAUACACGCCCCCUCAUAUGCAGGCACAUAUGAACAGCCAAUCAAUGACCACUUCUGGUACCACCUCAACAGGUAGGCAGAAAGCUCAUUGUUUACCAACAUGCUUUGGAGUUAGUGCAUUUGUUUUGACACCUAUAUCUGCCACCUGUCCUCUAAACUGCGGGGGUACGAGGCCUUACAUUAGCCACCUUUGAUUCAUGCUCCGCUGCUGCAACUUUUCCUCCUCCUCCUCAUGCUUUUAAACCGUAUCGAUACCUCUGCAUCUCACACCAUUCUGCUGCUGCAGCUGCAUGAACCAAGCUCAUUUCAUCGCCCGCUCUACGCCAUCAUGUCACUCCCGCUACUCUGGCCCAUAGUUUAGUUCCACCCCAUUAGGAUGCUGUUACUGGGAGCCAUAUAUACCGGUUAUAGUCAUGAAGAGUUAAUCAUGCAGAACCACAUUUCCUCUGUGCUAAAUUGCUAAUUAAUUUGAUUCAUUUGCUGUUGUACUCUCUCUGUUUAAAUGCCAUUGCCAAAGCCUCAAUUUAUCGAGCUCGUGAGCCUUUUGCUGUGCAACCAUGUGCAGAGCAUUGUGACUCAUUGCAGCUCCACCGCUCGUCCACCUAUUUGCAAGUGUUUAAAGCACAAUGCUCUGUGCCAUAAGGCUAACUGUGCAUGGUGCAUCCACUCAUCUUAUUCAGCAUGUUGACUUCAGGGCCUGUUUAGCUGUCUUUUUUCUUCUUCUUCUUCUUUCUACUAACAUCUCUUUUUUCCUCUUUUCUCUUUUCCGCAGGACUCAUCUCUCCUGGAGUGUCUGUCCCUGUCCAAGUCCCAGGCAGCGAGCCUGACAUGUCUCAGUACUGGUCAAGACUACAGUAGAGAGAAGAGCUACUUCACCCUGUAACCACCCACUCCACCAUCGCCCUCCGGCAGUGCUCCUCACACACACACGGCACAGGAGAGUAGAGAAGGAGAGAGAGGGUUGAGAGGAGGCGAAGGACAGGACAGGACAGGAGAGGAGGAAGGAGAGAAAGAGAAAGAGAGAGAGAGACUCUGGGAGAGCCUUGGGACGUCUGGGCUUUGUUUUUCCAGUGGGACUGUGUGCUGUUCUGUAGCUCUAGGCACAUUCAAACAGACGAGGACUUGGAUGAGAGAACAAGGAUGGAAAGAGCGAAAAAAAUGGACCUCUGUAAAGUGCCCGGUGUUAAAUUUUUAUGGAACAAAAACUUAUCUGUUUUUUUUUCUAUUUCCAACUUCAGUCAUUGUUUCCUUUUUUCUCUGGUGUGUUAGUAAAUGGCCAUUUGUAUGUUAAUAAGAAAACCGAGAUCAAGUACUGAUAGAUGGACUGCUAGAAAACCAUGUUGGUCUUGCGUUUGUUUGCGGGAGGAGAGAUUCUGCCAUGACUAUCUUUUUAAUCUGCUUAUAUCGAGACUUUCUACCAGCCUUUGCAUGGUCUCUGGACGCUGUUGCAUAUCAUUAAAGACGAAAAAAGCUGGAGGGAAGACUCUUACUGUGUCAGAAAAAAAAAAAAAAAAACUAUUUAUUGGUCCUAUUACGUACGGAUGGAUAUUUAGCAGAGGAAACUCUGAAAACCUCGAUCCACCCACUGAGGCUGUGGUCCUCACUCCUCUCUGACUUAUUAAACACGGAUGAGCAGCUCAAAGUGUGUGCAAAGACGGUGCCACAUGCAACCCAACCUGGACCUCUUGCUUCGGUGGUUGGAUUGACUCUAAGAUACCACGAAGAACAUUAAAUGUGGAAAAAACAGGUGUCAAAGAAAACCUGUAGUCUGUAAAUGGUAGACUGCGUCUUCGAUAUAAUCCAGUUUGUUUAUGUCAAAAUGUAAAGUACUUGUCUUCCCUAGAAAUCUUCCAGAAAGAUUUCUCCAAUAAAAGUUGAUUUCAUUUAUAUCCCCGAGAAUAUUCUAUAAAUGUUCCAUGCAUCAUAAAAUACAUUUCUUUAGGGUCAGGUACAAUUUGUCUCUUAGGUAUAGUUGUAUUAUAGUGUCCUAUGGUCAAAAAAUUGUGCAACUAGAAAUAUUUAAUUCCUAUAAUUAUGAUUAAACAUUGCUUGACAGAGUUUUAAACUUAAGUGUUUGGCAGUUGUUUACAAGUACAUAUCAGAUUUAAUCAUUGUUGAUUGUAAAACAGACCAAAGCCUUUGUAUUUCAUCUAGUACACAGUGUUUUUUUAAAGAUAUUAGUCUUGUGUUGCAAAUUUUUGUAAACACGUUCUGUUCAAUUACAUUGGCUUGGAGUUCGUGCGGCUGCAGUCGAACCCUGCAGUCCUUAUUUAUAAUUGAAGACCAUGGGAGGGUUUUUCUAGCAUCAUCUGUCAUGCUCUUUUGAGUUUUUGCAUUUUUAUUUCAGUGUGUUACGUAGAACAUGGACACACACUGGGUUUACGUCUGAGCAAUGCUUCUGAGAUAAAAACGUCUACACGCUGUCUCUUAAAUAUUUCAAUUUAAUUUUAUUUAAAAUGGAGCUUUCUAAAUGUAUUUUGUGAAAACUAUAAAACAUUUUGUACAGUAAAAUUGUGUCUUAAAGAAA